AUGCAGCUCCUUCAGUCUCUUGCUUUCCUCGGAGCGAUUUCCUCUGUGUCCGCCUAUACUCUCUCCAUCUACACAGCAGAAAGCUGCGAGACAGCAUUGAUGUCAUGGACCUCUACCCAUACUGGCUGUGUCAACAUUAAAAUGGGUACUUCUGUACACUCCAUUAAGGUGACAGAUAUGAGUGGCUACGAAGUCUCCACAUAUCCUACUGCCAAUUGCGCAUGGGAUGUCUGGGAGCAUACAGCGGUCACCGCUGAUACAUGUUCGGUCAACGGCUUAGACGAGGCUAUCAAGUCGGUCAAGAUUACUGCCACUUAG